AUUAUUAGAAUAGGUUAGGUUAGGUUAGAACGUGCGUCCUCACUGUUUCCUUUUGUUUGCUGGAAUCAGAGAUGAGCCACCAUGACGGUAUACGUAUCUGGAAUUUAAUUUACCCUUGGGAGGCAAAUCACCCAUGUGUCACGUUGCCAUAUAGGAAUAAACCAAUCCAAUUUAAUAUGGUAUGCCUUUUGAAAUUCAGAGUUAACAUGUGACAAUUUACUUUGAGCUGUUAUGAAACAAAAAGUUUCUCGAUUCUGUCUUACAACAAUCAGGGCCGUGGAGAAUGAUCACCGACUGCGGAGCUUCGAUCUCUACUAGGUUCCUGUAUGCCUUCUGAGUUUCCCUUCAUGCUUGAGCUGAAAAACAACUAUCAAAGACUGCUUUAAUGAUUGCUAACUGCCAACACGACUGUCUAAGUGUUUUUCAGUGGGGAUAUAUUGUUCCAGAGUGCAAAAAUAGCUUUUUCCAGGCAAAAAUUAAUUUUAGAUUAAAAAAACAGGAAUGUAAUAUUGUAGGGCAAAAGAUAAUGGAUAUAUAUAUAGCAAAUAACUAAAUGAAUACUUAAUUUUAACUAUGAAUAAUAAUGAUAAGUAUAAAGUAUGUUGUUAUCUUAAACUUUGUUAGAGGAUUAUUUCUAUAAAAUGAUUGAGAAAUACUAGUCUGAAAAAAUGUGGGGAAAACACUGAGAAUUGAGGAGAACGUGCAGAUAACUUGUAACUAGAAUGUGUAAAGACUUUGUGGCCAUUUCACAGAUGAAUGUAAGUUAUAAAAAUGGCAGCUGAAGUAAUAUUUGAAAAUGUUAGAUAUUUUUUUGAAAAAAUUUUACGGAAUGCUACCUUUGAUAAUGAUUGGGAUAGAGAAUCCAUAAAGAAUGCCAUCCAUUGGGCACAAUACUGUGAAAAACUGUAUCACCAAACACAAGCAAAAUCAUUUAGUAAAAAACUAAAUAAUUUUAUGGAGAAACUCAACUCAAAAGCAAUUCUUUUGGCUUUAAAUUUUGAAAGUCUGAGAGAUGCAACUCGUAUUCUCUACAUGGCAUUAUUGCAGAAUCCUUUUUUAAGUAGAGAAUUAGUAAAUUUCUUAUUACAAGAGAAUCAAAUGGAUGAAAGUUUCAUAAAAGAUUUGUGUCACUUGGUACAGUUAAAAUCUGAAUUUUUAGCACUGGAAGAAUGGGUGAAACUGAAAGCAAAUUUGAAUGGUUCAAUAGUUGCUGAAUUACGUCUUGAAUGUCUACGCAAUAAAUUUUUGGCAACUGAAGAUAAAUUUGAAAAAGAAAAAUUAACACACAGUUUUUUCAAUUUUUUGAUGACCUCUGAAAAUGAAUUGUUACAUCUGGUAGAGAUGUGGAUGAUGCCACCUUCCAAUUGUGAAAUGGAAGAAAUCCAGAAACUAUUUUUUAAAAUCUUAUUAAAAAAGAUAAGUCCAAAAGAGCCUACAUAUGAUGCCAAUGCAACUGUAAAAGUUUGGAACUUAAGUCCAGCAAUUCUCUCUAGAUUUGCCUCCUCUUGUAUUCCAUUUCUUGAAAUAUAUUGUGAUCAUCUUGUUUUCUGUGCACAAAAAUUAGAAUUACAAUAUAUUAAAAAUGACUUUCAAUGGCUAUCCAGAGAGGGAGGAAGAGAAUGUCUUAACUACAGUGACAUUGUCACCCAUUUUAAAACUCUGUGGAAUAGCCAAGGUGAAGUGCAUGAAUAUGUUUCAAGAUUAUUAUUACAGCUUUCUGCCGGAUCAAUCUGUUCCAUUUGGGAAGAUGUAACAAAUGAAAUAAAGCAAUUUGUGAAACUUUAAUUAUUGUUAUUUUUA